AUAAUUACCACUUCACUAAAUUAGGCAGAAAAAAAAUCUAUCUGUCAAAACAAAUAACAUGCGUAAUUUUUAGGUUAGAAAAACUUUUAGCCAAACUAAAAAAUAUAACACGCGUUAAGUUUUAACAGUUUUCUCAGAAAUACAUAGUUUAUUAAUUAGUGAAAAUGGUGAAGAAGAAGAUCGACAACCGUAUCAGGGUUAUGAUUGAGAAUGGAGUCAAGUUGGGACAUAGGACUAUGUUUCUUCUUGUGGGAGAUAAAAGUAGGGAUCAGGUGCCAAUCCUGUAUGAUAUGUUGGUAAAAUCCACCGUAAAAGCGAGGCCUACUGUGCUGUGGUGCUAUAAAAAUAAAGACGAAGCUAUUAGCAAUCAUGGACGUAAAAGAGCAAAGAAAAUAGCAGCAGGAAAGCUGGAGGUAUCAGAAGAGUCGUUAUUUGACGCAUUUCGAGUAGCAACUACAAUCCACGGGAGAUAUUACUCGGAGAGUCAUGCCAUGCUGGGUCAAACGUACGGUGUUUGCGUUCUGCAGGACUUUGAAGCCCUGACUCCAAAUUUAAUGGCUCGCACAAUAGAGACAGUCGAAGGUGGUGGGUUGAUUAUAUUCCUGCUCAAAACUAUGGACUCUUUACGGCAGCUGCAUUCAAUUACCAUGGACGUUCAUUCAAGAUUCAAAACGGAAGCUCACGAUGCAGUAGUGAACAGAUUCAAUGAACGCUUCCUAUUAUCACUAGCCGACAACCCCAGAUGCCUCAUUUUAGACGACAAUCUGACUGUAUUGCCUAUUUCGUCGAAGACCGCACAAGUGGAGCCCGUUCAUGCUACACCAGAGCGUGUAAACCCUAAACUGACAGAACUAGUGUCAUCUUUGUCGGACUCACCGCCCGCCGGCCCACUCGUGGCUCUCUGCCGGACAUACGACCAAGCUACUGCCCUAGUAGCUCUUAUCAACACCUUAGCUGAUAAACAAUCCAGACCUCCACACUGCCUAACCGCCGCCCGAGGUCGGGGCAAAUCCGCGUGUCUCGGCCUAGCAGUCUCCGCCGCAGUCGCCUUAGGCUAUGUCAACAUCUACGUCACUUCCCCUCACCCUGAGAAUUUAAUCACGCUCUUUGAGUUCGUACUCAAAGGCCUGGAUGCGUGUCUGUACCAGGAGCACAUAGAUUACAAUAUCGUGAGGUCCACGAACCCCGAUUUCAAGAAGGCCAUUGUGAGGAUCAAUAUCGCGAGGAAUUCGAGGCAGACUGUCCAGUACAUCACACCAGACGACCACUCGUUACUGGCGGCGGCAGACUUAGUGCUAGUAGACGAAGCGGCCGCCAUUCCUUUGGCGCACGUAUCAGCCGCCGCACAGAAGGCGCCACUAGCGCUGUUAUCUUCAACAGUAUCAGGAUAUGAGGGCACGGGCCGCGCGUUAUCGCUCAAGUUGUUCGCACAACUGCAGAACAAACAUAACGCCCCGCCCCCGAUCAAACUAGAAGAGCCGAUCAGAUACCGCGCCGGGGACCCGGUGGAAUCCUGGCUAAACUCCCUCUUAUGUCUGGAAGCGCCGGCCCCGUCUAUAGGCGUGGGAGCUCCGCCCCCGGCCGCCUGCGAAUUGUACAGAGUCAACAGAGACGCUCUGUUCUGCUACCAUCGCGCUGCCGAGGCGUUCCUGCAUAGAUUAGUCGCUAUAUACGUGGCCAGUCACUAUAAGAACAGUCCAAACGACAUCCAAUUACUAGCGGACGCGCCGGCCCACUGCCUGUUCGUGCUACUGGCGCCCACGCCGCCCAAUGCCACCUCCAUGCCAGAAGUGCUCUGCGUGAUACAGCUGUGCCUCGAGGGAAGCAUAUCCGAGAAGUCCGUCAAAGACAGCCUCGGUCGCGGUCGCAAAGCAGCUGGUGACCUGAUUCCAUGGAACAUUUGCGAGCAGUUCGGAGACAAGGACUUUCCUAAACUGUCCGGCGCUAGGAUAGUAAGGAUAGCCACGCACCCGUCUUAUCAGAGGAUGGGCUACGGCAAACGCGCGCUGCAACAACUAGCUUCAUACUACAGCGGAGACAUCCCGUGCCUUGACGAGCCCGCGUCCGACGAUGAAGAUCAAGCCCGCCGGCCUGAUGACACAUUGCACACAGAGACCAUCGUGCCCAGAGCCAAGCCACCUACACUCCUGAAGCGGCUAUCUGAAGUCAGAGCAGAGGAACUAGACUACCUUGGUACCAGUUUUGGUCUGACUGAGGAACUGAUCAAGUUCUGGAAGUCGCAGAAAUAUGUGCCCGUUUAUCUUAGUCAAAAAGCCAACGAGCUGACCGGCGAGCAUUCGUGCAUUAUGCUGCGAGCGCUCGGGCUCGGCGCCUGGCUCGCCGCCUACAGCGCCGACUUUCGCCGCCGCCUCGCCCGCCUACUGGCCCGGUCGUUAAGGAAAUUGCCGGCGGCGCUAGCUUUGACUACAAUGGUUAACGAUAACGUGGCUGUGGACAGACCAGACCAGCUUCGGCUGGCCCGCCUACUGGCCCGGUCUCUAAGGAAAUUACCGGCGGCGCUAGCUUUGACUACGAUGGUUAAUGAUAACGUGGCUGUGGACAGACCAGUGCUCACCAAGCAGCGGAUAGCCCAGUACCUCUCAGGGCACGACCUGGGCCGACUCGAGGCCUACUGCCGCCAGCAGGCCGACUACCGCCUCGUGUGCGACUUGUUGCAGCCAGUAGCCGAGCUGGUGUUCCACUGCAAGGCCAAUGUCAAGCUGGAUGCGGUCCAACAGGUGAUCCUCAUAGCCAUGGGCUUCCAAAUGAAGGACGUGGACGACAUAGCGGGCGAGCUCGGCUUACCCGGGUCUCAGAUCCUGGCCAAGUUCUACGAGGCUUGCAAGAAGAUCAAUACUGCCAUCAACGCUGUGCUAGAAGACACUGUGGCUAAAGAAAUAGGCAUAGACGACAAGAGCGCUGAGGACGCCCAAACCGACGGGCCGGUGAAGCAGAGCCUGCAAGACGAACUGUCGAAGGCCGCUAAGGAACUGGAGCGCAAGCAACGCAAGGAGCUGUCCCGCCUGAUGGGCGAGGACCUGGCGCAGUACCGCAUCAAGGGCAGCGAGGUGGACUGGCAGCAGUCGCUUGCCGCAUCUAAGCAGAAACACCUCGUCUCCGUCAAGAGUGGCGAGAAGCGUUUGGGCGACGACAGCAAAGAAAUCGAUGACCUCAUAGACGCGCACAACAACAAGGCGAAGAAGAAAAAGAAGCACUCUAGAAACUAAUAAAUGAUCCUGAUCAAA